GGUUCGCCCCCGACAGCUCUUGCGCCGGACGGCAGGCGAUGGCUGUCGUUCCCGGGGCGUCCACGGCCUGAGCCUUUGCGCUGAGUCCCCGUCCUGGCCUCGGUCUCCUUAAGGGUGGGUUCACUGCCCGCUCCUCUGCCUCCCAGACCGGGGGCAGCCGGGAAGGACGGACCAGCAGCGGAGGCGCGGUCAGGUGCCCUGUGUGCUGCUCGCCAGAGACAGCACCCAGGGUGAGGCCCCGAAACGGCCUCCACAGCAACCACAGGGGCGCUUGCAGGAGCUUGUUGAGGGAAGAUGAGGCCGUCGUUCCCUCCUUGUCCUUCCCACCUGACAGAUGCCUGUGACCGUGGGCCCGUAUGGGCAGUCGCAGCCCAGCUGCUUUGACAGAAUAAAGAUGGGUUUCAUGAUGGGCUUUGCAGUGGGCAUGGCUGCAGGAGCGCUGUUCGGCACAUUUUCCUGCCUCAGGAUUGGCAUGAGAGGACGAGAGCUGAUGGGUGGAGUUGGCAAAACGAUGAUGCAAAGCGGUGGGACAUUUGGGACAUUCAUGGCCAUUGGUAUGGGAAUACGCUGCUGAUCUGGAGCUUGGGAUUUAUCCCAGUGCCCCCAUCCAGCCAUUCCUCUGCUGUACAAUAAUAAAGUCUUUAGAUACUUGGAA